GAAGAACCGUAGAAUUCGGUCGAGCUCUCUGUCGUACAGUUUAGUUCUCUUGAUGUACGAGGUCUACCCUUUUACGCCCGUAUACGGUUUUGUGGUUUCAUAGGGAUGUGACUGUGUCGGGAAUGUGAAUCACUUGUUACUAUUAGAUUUUGGAAGCUCUGAUUCGAUUUCAAUGCUCAACUAUACGUUGUGUGUUGAAGUUACAUAAGGUUUCCUGGAUCCGAAACAUGUGAGUCAGGCCGAUGAGAUCGACAUCGGAAAGCGGCAACCGAAGCUUGAGGGGGUCUGUUGGCUCUUGGUAUUUUCUACUCCGUACUCAUACAUGUCAACUAUUUAACGAGUGCAUCCUCUGUUGAAUUUAAUGCCAUCAAAAUCAGGUUCAGUACUGUAAUAGCUUUAAUUAUUUUUUUUGUUCCUUUGUUUUGAAAAUAAAUCUAUCAAUUUAUUCAUUUAAAAAUCGAUUGUUCAUCCGAAUCACUGAGGCGAAAAGGAAAAAUGUUGUCUCAAGGAGAAUCAGCAACCACCAUUUUAUGUUCGUGUAAACAAACGAGAUUCCACAUCGAGAAUCCAGUUUAUCAGGAGCUCGAUAUUGAAGGUUUAAACAUCACGGUUACAUCUUCGGGUAAAUCAGGUGUGAAGUCAAAGGGAAAAUCUAAAGCAGAAGGUCUUGAGAUUUUAUCCAAUGCGAGUUUGAAACUCAAAGCUGGAAUAUGCUACGCAUUGAUUGGAAGAAAUGGCACGGGAAAAUCGACUUUGUUGAAGGCUAUUGCGGAGAAGUUGAUCCCUGGCAUUCCUGUACAAACUAGGAUUUCCAUCUUGCAGCAAACAGAUGCAGAUUCAAAAGACACAGGUGACGAAGGGGGUAAUGAGUCUGAAGAAAAGGGAGGAAGUAAGCUGUCUGUAUUAGCAGAAGUUAUCGACAGAGCUACUUCAAGAAGUGAGAUUCAACAUGAAGUUGAUGUAUUAUCCAAAGCUGUUGAUAAUCAAGGAGAUGCACUAACACCUGUACGGGCUUUUCGUAAAGUACAGCAUGAAAGACUGAAGAAGGAGUUAUUCGAGAAAGAUAAAGACGCUAGACUCAGAAGUGGAACGCGUGGCAUGGCAGCAAGAAAAGCAUUGAUUGCCUUUGAGAAGAUUGUUGCAGAUUCCGAGGAACGAAUCAAUCAAGAAGAUGAAGAGAUUGACGAAGCCACUAUCAAAGAAGAGACAGACCUAGCAGCAGAACUCCUCGCAGAGUUACAAUUACAGCUAGAGCCCACAAGACUAGCCGAUAUUGAAUCAAAAGCACGAAUUAUUCUUUCUGGUCUAGGCUUUCCCAAAGCAAACCUGGAUAAACCAGUCAACACUCUAUCCGGAGGAUGGAAAAUGCGUACAAAUCUCGCUUCCAUCCUUCUCCAACCAACUGACAUUUUAAUUCUCGACGAGCCCACCAAUUUCCUCGAUCUCCUCGGGAUAAUCUGGUUACAAAAAUAUCUCGAAACCCUCAAGGAAUCUACCCCCACUCCCCCAACCAUUGUAAUCGUCUCUCACGAUCGUGAUUUCAUCACUGCCACAUCUCAAGAACUUAUCAUUCUGCGCAGUCAAGCUCUGACUUAUUUCCGUGGAUCUCUCUCCACAUACGAAUCCACGAUUCGCGAGAAAACCCUCUAUCUAACCCGCAUGCGCGACGCUCAAGAGAAACAAAAAUCCCACAUCCAGCAAACCAUCCAACAAAACAUCAAACAAGGAAAAGCCACCGGCGAUGAAAAUAAACUCCGUCAAGCUAAAUCUCGUCAAAAGAAAUUAGAUAAUCGAAUGGGCAUGGAAGUAUCCGCCAAAGGAACCCGAUUCAAACUCAACCGCGACCUAGCUGGCUACCACUUGACAGCCAGAGAAGAAAUUGAGAUUCCACCCGAGGAAAGAGGUAUUUCCAUGAUGAUACCUCUAGCACCUGAUUUACGAUUUCCCGGUCCGUUACUCUCCUUAGAAAACAUCUCCUUCCGCUACCCAAGCUCCGGAUCUUCAAAAAGCAACACCCCACCCGCACCAUUUGUUCUAGAAAACGUCAAUCUUACCAUCCACAUGGGCGACCGCAUCGGAAUCGUCGGCCUCAACGGCGCCGGAAAAUCCACACUUCUCUCCCUCCUCACCGAGACCGCUAAGCCUACCAAGGGAACCCUCACCAAACACCCUCGCUUACGACUCGCAUACUAUUCUCAAAACUCCGUCGAAGAUCUGCAAGUUCUGUCGCACAGCACUCCAGAGCUAACGGCUCUCUCUCUCCUAACAUCCGACAUUGCCGGUGUGCUCUCCGAGCAGGAAAUCCGCGGUAUCCUAAAUGGUUUGGGCCUUCAGGGACGAAUUGUCUCGGAUGUUCCGAUUAGUAAGUUAUCUGGUGGUCAGCUUGUGCGGUUGGCACUGGCGAGAUUGGUGUGGAAGGAACCGCAAUUAUUGGUUCUGGAUGAGGUGACGACGCAUUUGGAUUUUUGGACGGUCAGAGCGGUGGGGGAAGUGAUGAGGGGGUGGAAUGGGGGUGUCGUGGUUGUUAGUCAUGAUCGUUGGUUGGUUAGAAAAGUAGUAGAGGGGUGGAAGGAGGGGGAGGAAGACGAGGAAGAUGACGAUGAGGAUGAGGAGGAUGAGGAACAGAGGAGGAGAUUGGUUUAUGUCGUUAAGGGUGGUGGAGUCAAAGUAUUAGAGGGGGGUGUGAGUGAGUUUGAAAGGAGUCUGGAGAAGAGAGUUGAUAAAUUGAUGAAGUGAUUGUAUUACGUUCCAUUUCAGAUGGGUUGCGUUAAUUACAGUCAUGUAUUCAAUUAGUUAUGCAAACAAUGGCUUGCAUCAAAUAGUGAUAAAUUCAAUUCCUUUCACACACAUCUCUAUUUAAGCCA